AUGGAAAAAUCCGGUCCGCCCGCUGAUGUCUCCACCGGCGAGGUUUUCGUUGUCGACAACCGAUCCCGAGACGAUUGGAUCAAGCUCAUCCUCCUUGUCGUGCUCAUUAUUGUGUUCCCACCAGCCGCCGUCGCCGUUCAGGCCAAUGAGUGCAACGUGCACGUGAUCAUCAACUUGUUCCUCAUCUUCUUCUUCAUUAUUCCUGCCACGCUGCACGCCAUUUGGUACUGCUUCUUCCGCCAACGCCCCGAGCUCAUCAUCGCC